CCCUUCCCGCUCUCCGGCAUCGCGAAACAGUUAAAAUAUCAAGUACACACAGAGUGAAAAUAGACUCGGAUGGAAUAAGUCUGUUUUGCGGCAGUGGUCGGAGUUGAAAUCUUCCAAAAUCUCAUCAGUCGAGGCUUUGACAGUCUACCAAGAGGCUAGAAUGACUCUCGAGGCAAUCAAAUGGGAGAAUGGUAAGCUGGAGAUACUCGAUCAGAUACUUCUGCCAGCGAUAACUAGAUAUGUGCCGGUGAGGGGAGUCGAGGAUGGCUGGAAGGUCAUCAAUACAAUGCAGGUACGUGGAGCCCCUGCAAUUGCUAUUGUUGGCUGUCUCAGUCUGGCUGUUGAACUUCAGAACGAGCAGUACCCGGAUAAACGGACACUGAGACGCGAGAUCGAAGGGAAGCUCAAUUAUCUUGUGUCUGCUAGACCCACGGCUGUCAACAUAAAAAUAGCAGCUGAGGAACUUAUCGAACUCGCCAACAAGCUGGGCAAAGACGACAGCAUCACAAUCAGUCAGAUGAAUGAACAGUUUCUCAGGAAGAUUGACUCCAUGCUGGAGAAGGAUAUCGCUGAUAAUAAGGCCAUUGGGGAAUUCGGGGCUGAGGAGAUUCUUAAAAAUAUUCCAGAGGAGAAUUUAGUGAGGGUGAUGACUCAUUGCAAUACUGGCUCAUUGGCGACUGCUGGAUAUGGCACCGCUCUAGGAGUUGUCAGGUCACUGCACAAAAACAAAAGGCUUGAGCACGUGUAUUGCACUGAAACUCGACCCUACAAUCAGGGAGCAAGGUUAACUGCCUACGAGCUAGUUUACGACAAAAUACCAGGUACUCUCAUCUGUGAUGAUAUGGUGGCUGCCUUGAUGAAGUCCAGGACUAUAUCAGCUGUUGUUGUAGGAGCUGAUAGAGUCGCUGCUAAUGGAGACACUGCCAAUAAAAUUGGAACAUAUCAAAUUGCAAUUAUCGCUAAACAUCAUGGAGUUCCAUUCUACGUAGCAGCUCCGCAGACCUCAAUCGACUUCAGAAUUCCCAGUGGUGAUCAUAUACCCAUCGAGGAAAGGCCAGACAGGGAAAUGACUCACCUGAAUGACCAAAGAAUCGCCGCUGCGGGGGUGCAAUGCUGGAAUCCAGCAUUCGAUGUGACACCAGCGAGCCUCAUCACUGGCAUCAUCACUGAAGUCGGUGUCUUCAGGCCUGCAGACCUUACGAAACUUCAGUCCAUGAAUUCGUAAUUCGUUUCCUUAAUUGAAUAAUUAAUGGAAUUAGGGAAAAACGUAAUUAGUUAUUCAAUCUGGCAUUUUGAUAUCUCUUUACAAAUGAAUUACCUGAAUUCUAUGAUCAGUUCAUUGUAAAUAUCUCAGAGUGGAAGAAGACAGAAUAUCUCCUCUGAAUUAUUUCUGUCUCUAAAGAAAAAGUAUUGUUGAAAAAUCGUGCAUGAUGAAUGAA